AUGAAAAUUUAACAUUUUCCUUUAGAUUUUGGAAAUUUUCAAAUUCACCAAUAUCGGUGCGAUACCACCUGCAAAAAUAGUGAGAUGGGUAUUAAAUUUUCCUAGCCAGUACGGCCGGAGCAUGGAUGUUUUCCCAAGCCCCUACGGCCGCAAUACGAAUAACUCUAUAAGUUCCUGGGAUGUAAAGACAGGAUAAUAAAAAGCCAAAUUAGAUGGUCAUUCUGGUUAUGUCAGCCAAUUUUUCUCCUGAUGGUUCUAUUCUAGCAUAAGGUAGUUCAGAUAAGUCUAUCCGUUUAUGGGAUGUAAAAAUCGCAUAAGAAAUCAUAACUCAUAUAAUCUUUAUAAAGAUAUUUUAGAAGAAUUUAAACCUUCAACAGUUUCAAAUAAAGUUCUUGCAAAAAGUGGUAUAUUAUAUUUCACUAUUAUUAGCUUCUUCGCAUAUUACCAUUCUUAAAAUUCCCCAGAAAAAAGGGGAAAAGAAAGAAAGGUGUAGAACAUUUGGCAACUCUACGAAGUCUUAUCCAACACAGCCUCUAGUUUUGUGGAGAAUGUUUAAAAUAAUACAAGAACAUUAGAUUCUAUAGAACCCAAGUCUAUCAUAAGAAGUUCCGGAAAGUCCUUCUCAUACUUUUACCGGUGAACCUUUUUGCUAGAGCUGAGCGCUUAGAACCAUACCCUUCCACUAAGUCUGACCGACUUAAGAGCCAAGACAGGACUAAUACCAUUUGCUGUUAUUAGGACGAAAGAAUCUCUUUCUCACUAAUCACAAGAGUUAUAUUAGAAAUGUUCUCUGGAAAAAGUUGA